AUGAACAAGAACCCAUUGGAAAAUAUAGCUGAUAAACACAUUAUAAUCCUGCACAAGGGAGAUGCUGUGAUAACCGACGAAAUGGACACAUUCAGUGAGCUAGACCUGAGCAACAGAGAUGAGCUGGCAGAGACCCUGGCUAAGAUAUACAAAAUAGAAGAGUUUCCGUGCAUUCUGGCGUACGGGGAUGUGUAUUCUAUCUCCGAUAUGGAGGCAGUGAAGAAGAGAGAGGCAGAGUUCAGCAAAAAAGAGCUGGAAACCGCAAUUGAAACAAUAAAAAAAAAUAAAAGAGUUAUAUUUAUUAAGGGCACGCCUGCUAAGCCAGAGUGCAAGUUCACGCGAGAGUUCGUAUCUCUUCUGAAGGAGGAGGGGCUUACAGACGAAAACUACACAAGCAUAAACAUACUGGAGUCGCCUGCAGUGAGAGAAGGAAUAAAAGAGUAUGGAGACUGGCCAACGUACCCGCAGCUCUAUGUUGAAGGCGAGCUCGUGGGAGGCCUGGAUGUGAUAAAGGCAGAAAGAGCCAGAGGAAACAUUAAAAAGUGUUUGGGACUAAAAGACUGA